CAUCUGAAUAUGCAGGAACAAACGCAAGUUACUCCAUGCUUGUAUGAUGAAAUUUCAGGGAAAACUGCGAGGAAGAAAAAAGUAAAGACGUCGAAAAAAGCUAAGAAAUCAAUUAAGAUCCAAAGUGAAGCCUCGGUUUCGGUUCUUUCUACUAAAGACGAAUACGUUUCCAUAAAAAGAAAAAAGUCAGCAACACUUUUGAAAGCGCCUGAGGCAUAUUCAAACUUGAGAAAAGAGUCUGUUGGGCCAGGUUUUUAUGAAGAAAUUUCUAUUACUGAAAACGAUGGAGAGCAAGCUAACUUCAUAGUUGAGGGUACGUAUGCAAAUACUACCCUCGUUCGUCCAGUGUCCAAGAGAAGUUGAUCCAUGGAGUAAAUCAACGGAAAAGAAUCAUUUGGUGUUUGAAUAAACUAUAUUGUUACAGUGAAAUAGUUUAGCUAUUUUUUUCUUUUCCAAGGUUUCUUUAAAGUACUAACAAAAAAUUCAAAAUGUGAUUUAGCAAUUUAAUUGCACACCCAUAUGUGUUACAAAAUAUAAAAAUAUUCAUAAUUUAAUUAUAUUUACUGCUUUGUAUUUACAUCUAUAAAAUACUUCCUCAGUCUAUAUUUCCUUACAAAACCGCAAUGUACUUCAUAUCGACUAUAAAAACAUCU